UUCAUCCUCACCAUCAUCGUAUGGGCUGGCGCAAGGGUCACUUUUGGGCUCAAGACAGCCGCGCAGCAGCCAACGUCUGUGUUCUCUCGCAUGCUGCGCCCGAGCAGCUCGAGGAAGACUUGCCUGAUGAGCUCGACCACCCACCCGCACGCAGGCGUAGCCGACGAGCAGGACACAGAGGAGGAGGUCGAGGAGGAGGACAGCGAGAAGUCCAGCCUGUCCACCUCCACCGUGGGGCCUGUGCAGGGCUUCAUGAAGUUCGACGAGGUCGUACAGGAAGAGCGCCAGGCCCUCGAGUACAAUCGAGGUCUGCGUCGCCCAGACCCGACGCCCAUCCACAAAGCAGGCGGCGAGACCUUCUCGCUGGCCUUCUCCGGCGGCGGCAUCAGGGCGACGGCAUUCCAGCUCGGCGUGCUGUGGAGGCUCGGCGAGGCUGGGCUCUUGGGGAACGUGGACCGCGUGUCGGCGGUGUCCGGGGGCGGCUGGGCCGCCGCCGCGUACGUCUCGCACAUCGGCGGGGGCCGGCUUCCCGGGGCCGGGGCAGGCCCAGCGCGAGUGGCACCUGUCCGUGGUGGCCAGGGCCAUCUCCCGCGUGCUGCGCAACCUCCCCUUCAUCGCCGCGGGACCUCGGCAAGGACCCGUGGGCGCGGCCGGCCGAGGGCUCCGGCUGCCUGCCGCGGGCCUUCGACGUCCCCAUACUGCUCGGCGCGCUGGCGUGGUCGCUGCUCGUGAGGAUCUUCACCUUCCUAUCGCUCUACGUCAUCCCGUUUGUGGAGAUCGUUGAGAUCUUCUUUGGGAAGAACAUGCGCGAGUAUUUCUGCUCCCGUCAUCAUGAAUGGGAGCUCUCGAUGGGCGACGACCUGGCAGGACCAGAGCUCAUGUCCCAGAACAUGCUCCUAGACCUGUGCACUCUGCCGCUGCAGCUGUUCUUUCUGGCGCUUGUGGUUGCUAUUGCGCUUCGCGUGCUCACAGCACUGAAAUGUUUUGGCAAGCAUGGAAGCAUUGGGGACUUAUGGCUGCACGGUUGUUCUGCAGCUGUUGCGAGGCUAGCUGCCCUGAUGGCCGUACUUGUGAUUAUCGUAGGCACAUGGUCGGUCCUUCCUCGAUCCUCACUCCCGCACUCCCUCAUUUCGUCUCUCCUCCCUCACUCCUCCCUGCUCCCUGCUCCCUCUUCCCUCCUCCUCUCACUCUCAUCCCUCUUCUUCCCUCCUCCUUCCUGCUCCUGCUCCUGCUCCUACUUCUCAUACUAUGUGUUUUCCUCGCACUCCUCUUCUUCUGCCCCAUGUCCUCAUCAUGCCGAAGGCACUACGACCUUCUUUGAGAAGUGGGCCACCGAAAUGCAUGUUCACAAGGGGAGGGGGGCUUGUGCAGCAUACACCGCGCACGUGGAGAAGGUGCGCCAGAAUUGCAGCAGCCUGAACGGGCGAUGGCUGUCGUGGGCGUCGCGGUACCACGAGGUUGAAUUCUAUGAAGUUGCGAGGGGGCACGGUUCGCAUCAACGGAACGGUUCUGUUAUCUUUCCAAGUAUCGUUCACAAUUUGAAGCGCAUGAACAGCACCAUUGCAGAGGGGGUUACCCGUGGGGCAGAGGACUUAGCGCGUACACUAAGCGAUUCGCUCAUUCCUGCAACCUGGACGCUCUUGAUGGUUGCGAUUCUGGGUACGUUGAUGUUCGUACCUUUCUUCCCGAGCACGAUAGCAACGAUCGUGAUGUUGGUGUUGCCCAUCAUGGUUUCGGCUCUGUUUGGAAGCAUCGUUCAGUGGAGGGUCUUCGGUACCCUACGGAGGAUACAGCUUCUUGCCUGGAACCAUGCUUAUUACAGAAGUGACACGUGGGCCAUGAUGUAUCAAGGCUCCCUGAUCGCUUCCAUGAUUAUUCUGCCGUUCUAUUUAUUUCUUCGAGGCAACAGCCACAAGUUCUACCGACGUAGCCUGCGACGUGCCUUCUUCGCGGGUGGCAAAGAGGUGCCUUGGGGCAGGAUCGCAGACAAUCCGUUUUGCCCGAUGCUCAUCCUGAAUGCCGCGGUCAUAGACUACAUCCAGUUGCGCUGUCACGCGAAUCCGACACUGCGCUUGGG